CCUCUGGGGUUAAACCAAAAUGCCUUGAUUUUAAGUUUCUCCAUUCUUCAUCUCCAUUUACUGUCGCUAGUGCAGUCUAUGAAGAGAUAGAUCAUUCCUUAAAUACACACAGCAUCCAGGCCAAACGGAGAGAGAGAGAAUCAGGGUAAUUAAUAACAGUAGCUAGCUUCUUCAUCAUGUGGAUGAUAAAUGGUGGUGACAGCAAUGAGCCUAGCAUGAAUGAUUGCUUCAACCCAAAGCCCAACACUACUACACCCUGCACAAAUACUACUGCAACUCCUCUCACAUAUGUAGGACUAAAACAUCAUCUCGCCAAAACAAGUGAGCAAAGCAGGGGGAGAAAACUCAAAGAGCAAGCAGAAGCAACGAGAAGUUCGAGAUGGAACCCAACAGCAGAGCAGCUACUAGCACUAGAAGAACAGUACAGUUGCGGAGUUCGAACUCCAACAACUAACCAAAUCCAACAAAUAACUUCAGAGCUUCGAAGGUUUGGGAAGAUUGAAGGGAAGAAUGUGUUUUACUGGUUUCAAAACCACAAGGCAAGAGAAAGACAAAAACGCCGUCAAGGACAACAAAAACACAAAAAUUCUGAUCAUGAAAGCUCGAAUAAGAUGAAAGAAUCAGGUCCGAGGAGGACAGUUCUUGGAGUUGAUCAAACAAACAACUUGGCACCUCAUUCAAAAUGCAGUACUGAUCAUGUAGAGGGACCUGUUUCAGUGAAUGGAGCAGCACUAGCAGAAAGUGGAACACAUGGCUGGUCAGAAUUUGAGGAGAGGGAAUUACAGCAGAUGAAAAGUAUCAGUCUUGAUAUGCAUGCCAUGUGGCAAACCAUGGACUUGUCUUCCUCUACUCCCGUCCACCGCUUGACUAGCAACAUGACUACAACAGCGUCAAAGUUCUCAAGCCUUGAAGAGCACAGUUCGCUGUUGAGACCCACCAAGACAGCAACUCAUGCAAAUCAUGAUGGUGAAAUUAGGGAAGUUCAAACUCUUCAGCUGUUUCCACUUUGUAGUGAUGAUGCUAAUGGUGCUAAUGGUACCAAUAAUGACAGAAAUGUACCCAUCAGGACCAUAAAUACGACCUUCACCCCAAGCCAGUUUUUUGAGUUUCUUCCUCUGAAGAACUGAAAGGAAACAGCAGCUAACCCAUGUGACUACAAUGCAGCUCUUAAUUGCUUUGCUGUAUAUGCAAUGUGGUUGAUAUGUUCACGUUUGUUUUCUAGUAGGAGAUUGGGUGCUGUUCUUUCUGUUCACAUCAUGCACAGAGCAACUGUAGGAUAAGGACAUCUUUUAGUAUUGUUUGAGAUGUUGCCUUAUGCAUUUGGAUCUUGUUGGUUAAGCCAAGGUAGACCUACUCUUUCCUACAGAGGCGUUUUC